AUGACGCAGGAUCCGCAACAGCAGCAACAGCAGAGAAACGCCAUCGUGACGACUACGGUUGCGACGACGACGUUGGGCGCUGUGGCUACUGGCGCUGCAGGAGCGUCGGCGGAUUAUACGAAUGCGACGCGCUUCAAGAAGACGCUGCUGGAUGGGUCGAAUGCUGUGCGUGCGAAUCAUAAUGCGAGUGCGCUGCAUUGGAAUGAUACCCUGGCUGCGUUUGCUGAGGACUGGGUGAAGGGGUGUGGGUUCAGGCAUUCGAACGGCCCCUACGGCGAAAACCUGGCAACCAACUACGCGAACACGAGCGCCGCGCUCGCCGCCUGGGCAAACGAAGCCGCGGCCUUCGACUUCCAGGACCCGGGCUUCAGCAAGCAGACGGGCCAUUUUUCGCAGCUGGUGUGGAAGGGGACGACGAGCGUGGGGUGCGCGCGCAAAGAUUGCAGUGCGAGCGAGGGCAGCGCCGACGGCUGGUACGUCGUUUGCGAGUAUUCCCCGCGUGGGAACGUCAUUGGUGCUUUUGAGGGGAAUGUGCAGGCGGCUAUGGAUGGGGCUGAGGAGGGCGAGGGCGGGAAUAGUGCUGGGAGUGGUGGGGGACAGAGCGGCAAUGGGAGGUGUGGGAAGGUGAGUGCCGAGAAUGGCUGUAUUGAGGCGCAUAAGAACGGCGCGGUUGCAAGGGGUGCCGUCUGGGGUCUGAAGUGGAGUACGCUGCUGGUGGUAGGGUCGGCAGGGUGGGCGGCUGUGGGGUGGUGA